GGCUCCCAGUUGAAUCUGCUCCAUCCACCCAGGAAGGGAGGCAGGAGACAGAGGAGAGAGCUCUCCAAGGCGCACAGUUGGAGCAGCAAAGGGAGCAAGUUGCGGUUGUUUUUCUCCUUCUUCAAAGGGGUGGGGAGACUAUUCAAUUAAUGGGGAGCCUGAGCUGCUGAACUUGCUGACUGAGAGGUUGCCAGGUUCGAAUCCGGGGAGCGGGGUGAGCUCCCGCUAUUAGUCCAGCUUCUGCCAACUUAGCAGUUCGAAAACAUGCAUAUGUCUUCUGCGGCACCAGCAAUGUCUUCGGAGUCAGCUUCUGGCCAUCAGCGACCCCCAUCACUGGGUGCCCUCCGUCCCCCGGAAGGACAUCAGACUCGGGAUCGGUCCCCUUCGCCCAUGAGAAGCGGCCUUAUCCCUAGCCCACUUCCCACUCGAAGGACCCGCACGUUUUCGGCGGCGUCAAGAGCCUCUGAAGGGCCCACCUACAAGGGAGUGUGCAAGUGCUUCAGCCGCGCCAAGGGACACGGAUUCAUCACUCCCGAAGAAGGAGGUUUGGACGUCUUUGUGCACAUCUCUGACAUCGAAGGAGAGUAUGUCCCAGUGGCCGGUGAUGAGAUGACCUACAAGUUGACCACUGUUCCACCAAAGAACGACAGGUUGCAGGCCGUGGAAGUGGUCAUCACCCACUUGGCUCCGGGAACUAAACACGAGACCUGGUCUGGACUUCCUCCAAAGCUGCUGGACUAAGAUUUUGGGCAACAACUCAGAGCAUCUUGAGCCCCGCAGAUGGGUUUUCUGCGUAUUGAGUCAAUUGUAAUCUUUUUUUGAAAUUAAAGUUUAUUGGAAAUUUGAAACCACAAUGUGGGGAAAAAGGAACAUUGCUCCUAACUUUGCAAACUGUCACCAGCAUGAUUUCCUGUUAUCAUUUAGAUACACAGUGGCCUUAGAAAUAUCAAAAUAAAAUAGAACGACUUGAGUGCCUUUUAUAAGGCAAAGAGGAACUUGGUGUUGAUGGGAUCAGCGAGUUUUCUGUUUUAGGGGUGAUAUUUGCCAGUUGUUUUGGUGCCUUUCUGGGCUCCUUGAAUUGAGGAAACAGCUGCAAGAAUGUCUCAAUUCUCUUGAUUUGUGCCUUUGAAGGUUGUUUUACAAAACCCUAAAAAUGUAAAAAAAAAGUUUGGCUUUGCAUUUGCUAGCCAACUUCAGUUUGGUUGGCUAACUACUGGGCUGAAAAAAACCAGUCUCCCAUUACUAAAUAUAUCCAAAUAUAAUUUGCUGUUUUAGGUAAAUCUGUGCAGGUUUCUCUUUCCUGACUUGUAUUUGUAAUCCUUUCAGUGAAUACUUAAGCUGACAAUAUCAUUUUUGGUAGUAUCUUUUUGUUUGUGUGUACAUGUUUAAUUUGCCGUUGCCUUCCUGUGUCUCAGGAAGACUCAACGGUUCCCCAAAAAUGUACGUCACUUUCAUUGCAUUGCUUGUUUCAAUUGUGUUGUCCAGUAGGAAAACAAAUAUUUUGAGUACUGCUUGUUCUCUGUUUGAUUCCUAAGCAUCUUUGUGGAGGAUAAUUAAAUUAAAAAGUUGAAAGAAUCUCCCAA